AUGACCGACCAGAUGCUGAACGAUGCAGUGUGCCUACCUCAGCCCUAUAGCGGCCCGGAAAGGUAUCAGGAUACUCUGUUGGAUGAGCUCUUCGCUCACAUCCGUGGCUACUGGCCUUUGAGCAACUCACAGCUGGCCAAGCAGGCCACAGAGAGCUAUGAGGGUGUGCAGCCGGAGGCAGAGGGAGGUGGGGAAGCAGUUGAGCGGCAAGCUGAGGAGGACAUGUUAGAGGACACAGAGUUGGCAAAGGCUUUGGGUGUCCCUGAUGAGUUGGUUGCACGCAUGUCACCGUCAAAGCCCAAGGAGUCACUCCAAGAUGCCCCCAAUCCUAUGGCUGCAGUUGCCCAGCCAGAAGUUUCAUGUGAGCCAGCCCCGGUUGAGAAAUCUGACCGCCAGAGGCAGAUGUUGGCCGCAGCCAAGUCCAAGAAGGAGUCCAAGAAGGAGUCCAAAGCCCCGCUAUGUCCCCAGAGUGUUGAUCCCAGCAAGGUGGAUACCCUCGAGAUGGACUUGUCCCCCAUUGCCAAGGUUAUGUCCAACACAUUGGCAUGUGAUGUGAUUGGAAUUGAGGAUGAAAUUAGUGAUGAUUGCCCUGAGAACAUGGAGGGACCUGUUGACGAGGAUUCUGUUCCGCCCACCCAGCCUGACCCGGUGCCGUCUGAUGAUGUUGCUGCUGCUAGUGGUGAACAAGCUUUAGACCCUGGUGCCUCCAAAUCAGUCUUUGACCAGGUGAACAUCACUCGCAUGGACCAGCAGAAGUGGAAGAGGGAGCUUGACGAAGAGGCUCGCCGGAAGGAAAAGGAGGAGGAUGAUAAGGAGAAUGCCGAUCAAAACAAGCCCAAGGGGGAAGGCAAGGCCAAGACCAAGCCUAAGUCGAAAGCCAAAAAGUCUCCCAGGGAGAAGGACACAAAGAAGGACACAAAGAAGGACGCAAAGAAGGACGCAAAGCCUACUCCGACAGCAAAGUCGGCGAAGGCUAAGGCUAAGCCUAAGACCAAGCCUGAACCACCACCGGCUGAUGCUGAAGCUGAGUUGAAAACCCCUGUCCGAAAGCACGUGCCCAAAGGGCCUUCGCCGACAGGUCUCCAGAAGCGCAAGUCUGCUGCUGCCUUGGAGUCGGGGGACCAUGUGACCCCCCCCAAGGAACCCAACCGCAAGAAACGGGGCUCAGGUGAAAUUCCCAAGACCUUUGCCCGUCGUUACAAGCCAAGCACAUCUUGGGGUGGCUUCAAAUGGGAAGCAUUGCGUUCCGUUUUCCAGUCCAUCAUUUCCAUUCGGGUCAAGGGCCCUUCCAAGCAUGAGGCGGACUUUUGGGACUUUGCCUCCGAGAAGUUCAACUUGUUGGACAAGAAGGACUACAUGAACUUUACUCAGAAAGAUUGGGACCGGGAUGCUGAGCUUGUAGCCCAUGAUUACCUUGCGUCCCUGGAAGACUAA